AGCUCCUCAUUAGCCCCGGCCUCCCCGGGUGACGACCUGGGAAAACCUGUUUCCACGCGCAGGUCCCAGAGGCUCAGAGAGGCAGGAGGUGACGCGGCUGAAGGAGGGGCGGGGGCACAGCCCAGAUUCCGCAGCUGCGAGGGCGAGGCCUUGGCACUGGCGGAGCCCGGGGGCGGAGUGCGCGGGGCCAGGUCCUGAGCUCCGGGGCAGCGCUCCGCCAUGGGAUCCGCCGCGCGGAGGGGACGCGCCGCGCCCGCCGCCAGGGACUGCCUGCCGGUGCUACUGCUUUUCUGCCUGCUCCUGAGGACCUGUGAACCGAAAGCUGCAAACGCCUUUAGACCAAAUAUCCUACUGAUCAUGGCUGACGACCUGGGCAUUGGGGAUCUCGGUUGCUAUGGGAACAAAACACUGAGAACGCCGAAUAUUGACCAGCUUGCAGAGGAAGGCGUGAGGCUCACUCAGCACCUGGCGGCCGCCCCGCUGUGCACCCCCAGCCGAGCCGCAUUCCUCACGGGGAGACAUUCCUUCAGAUCAGGCAUGGAGGCUAGCAAUGGAUACCGGGCCCUCCAGUGGAAUGCGGGCUCAGGUGGACUCCCCGAGAAUGAAACCACUUUUGCAAGAAUCCUGCAGCAGCGUGGCUAUGCAACUGGCCUCAUAGGAAAAUGGCACCAGGGUGUGAAUUGUGCAUCCCGUGCGGAUCACUGCCACCACCCCCUGAACCACGGAUUUGACUAUUUCUACGGCAUGCCCUUCACGCUCACCAACGACUGUGACCCAGGCAGGCCCCCCGAAGUGGACGCCGGCCUCAGGGCACAGCUCUGGGUUUACACCCAGUGCCUAGCACUGGGGAUUCUCACCGUGGCUGCCGGCAAGACCUGCGGUCUCAUCUCUGUCUCCAGGACAGCAGUCGCUGGCAUGGCCGGCCUGCUCUUCCUGUUUUUCAUCUCCUGGUACUCUAGCUUUGGGUUUGUGCGCCGCUGGAACUGUAUCCUGAUGAGAAACCAUGACGUCACGGAGCAGCCCAUGGUUCUGGAGAACACAGCGAGCCUUAUGCUAAAGGAAGCCGUUUCCUAUAUUGAAAGACACAAGCAUGGGCCAUUUCUCCUCUUCCUUUCCUUGCUGCAUGUGCACAUUCCCCUUGUGACCACAAGAGCAUUCCUGGGGAAAAGUCAGCACGGCUUAUAUGGUGACAAUGUGGAGGAGAUGGACUGGCUCGUAGGUAAGAUUCUUAAUGCCAUCGAAGACAAUGGUUUAAAGAACUCAACAUUCACAUAUUUCACCUCUGACCAUGGAGGACAUUUAGAGGCAAGAGAUGGACACAGCCAGUUAGGGGGAUGGAACGGAAUUUACAAAGGUGGGAAGGGCAUGGCAGGAUGGGAAGGUGGGAUCCGCGUACCUGGGAUCUUCCGCUGGCCCGGGGUGCUCCCAGCUGGCCGAGUAAUUGACGAGCCCACGAGCCUGAUGGACGUGUUCCCCACCGUGGUCCAGCUGGCGGGCUGCGAGGUGCCCCAAGACAGGGUGAUUGACGGCCACAGCCUGGUGCCCUUGCUGCAGGGAACUGAGACACACUCGGCACAUGAGUUCCUGUUUCAUUACUGUGGGCAGCAUCUCCAUGCAGCACGGUGGCACCAGAAGAACAGUGGAAGCGUCUGGAAGAUUCAUUACAUGACCCCACAAUUCCACCCUGAGGGAGCAGGGGCCUGCUACGGCCGAGGCAUCUGCCCGUGCUCCGGGGAGGGCGUGACCCAUCACAGACCCCCUUUGCUCUUUGACCUCUCCAGGGACCCCUCUGAGGCACGACCUCUGACCCCUGACUCUGAGCCCCUGUACCACGCUGUGAUGGCAAGGGUGGGUGCAGCGGUGUCAGAGCAUCAGCAGACCCUGAGGCCUGUGCCCCAGCAGUUUUCCAUGAGCAACAUCGUGUGGAAGCCAUGGCUGCAGCCGUGCUGUGGAAAUUUCCCGUUCUGCUCAUGCCACGAGGAUGGGGAUGGCAUCCCCCGAAUGCCAGCACUGUGAGAGAGGAUCCACUGCCGCAAACGAAAUUCUCCAAACUUGCUUCUAUCUUCAGCUUCCCUUUUGCAAGGAACAUGCCCUGGACUGAGAGUGGGCCCCUAUUUUCUUUCUUUCUUUCUUUCUUUCUUUCUUUUUUUUUGUUUUUUUUGAGAUAGAGUGUCACUCCGUCGCCCAGGCUGGAGUGGUGCAAAGGCGUGAUCUCUGCUAACUGCAACCUCCAUCUGCCGGGUUUAAGUGAUCCUCCUGCCUCAGCCUCCCGAGUAGCCGGGAUCGCAGGCACCCACCACCACGCCUGGCUAAAUUUCAUAGUUUUAGUAGAGACGGGGUUUCACCAUGUUGGUGACCUCAAGUCAUCCACCUGCCUCAGCGUCACAAAGUGCUAGGAUUACAGGCAUGAUCCACUGCCCCCAUCUAGGGUCUCCAUUUUCUGAUCUGUGAAAUAAGACUAUCCCAGUAUGCACCCACUAAUGCCUCCUCCUCCUCUUCUAAAUCUCAGCGUUCAUUGUUGUGCCAAUGCCGCAUGUUUCCACCAUCCGUCUUAGAGCAUUGUUCCAAUUUCAGUACCUAGAUGACAUAACAGCCUUCCAAAAGGACAGGGAAGAAUGUCUGUUCUUACUCUUUCACAUAGCAGAGGAAAGUGAAAGCCUCUCCGUCUCUGUUCCUGAGGACUCAUUGAUCUCAAAGGGUUGGUGCGUUUUUCAUACAUUAGUGUCUCUGUCCAUGUGUCCUCGUGGUAUUAUUAAAGAAAUGACUUCAGGCUGCUGGUAACAGAUGCUGGGAAAAAGGAAUGCCUUAAACAAAGCCAGGCACGGUGACUCACACCUGUAAUCCCAGCACUUUGGGAGGCCAAGGUAAAAGGAUGACUUGAAACCCAGGAGUUCGAUACCUACCCAGCCUAAGCAACACAGUGAGACCUCAUCUCUUCAAAAAACCAAAUAAUUAGCCAGAUGUGGUGGCACACAGCUGUAGUCUCAGCUGCUUAGGAGGCAGAGGUGGGAGGAUCACUUGAGCCUAGGAGGUCGAAACUGCAGUGAGCUAUGAUUGCACCACUGCACUCCAAGCUAGGGAACAGAGGAAGACCCUGCCUUAAAAUAAUGCCUUAAUGAAAAGAACAAGAGAGGAGUGUGUUCUCUUCCAAGUAGUGUGCAGCUCAAGGGGAAGCAACCCAAGGCUAGCAAGCUCUUGUCAACUCCCAGCUCUGCCACUCUUAGCAUGGCAGAGAGUUGGCCUCAUUACAUCAACAUGGCUGUCACGGCGCCAGACAUCACAUUCCAGGCAGCAGGAAGGAGAAAGAACCAAAGGACAUCCCCUUCUCUUGAAUCAGUCCCUGUUAGGGGGGAUUAUCUGGAAGCCCUAACCCAAUUUCUGCUUCCAACUAUUAUCCAUAGAAACAACUGGAAGUUGAGAAGUGCAGGCUUUUAGGUGGGCACCUGGCUUCCCUGUAUGAAACCAGAAUUAGGUUGGUCAGCAGGAAAGCAAGAAAACACUUACUGAGUUGACUGAGGUUUUUGAUGCAUCGCUUCAUUGUCAAAUAAAAUGACUUUAUCUCAUUCUUCACUGAAACACGUACUACAAUUGCCUGUCAUUGGCAGAAGAUCCUCAAAUGCGCAGAAGAUACCCUGAUGGCAGGUUUGCCCCUUGGGCAAAGAGACAGCCGUGGGAACCUUCAGACAUACAGAGAGAAGGAAGCUUCUCUUCCUGCAUUCCUUGAAUAGCUAAGAUUUGACCAGUGUGAUUUCUAAGGCAACUCUAGUAUGUUUCAUCCUCACCCCUCCCUCUGUGGCUUUGGCGAUGGAAGUGUAGUCCUAAGUUACUACAUACCUGGGACCCCUUCCCCCAGAUCCCAAUACCAGGGGCAGGAGAAUUUUGCACUAUUCCUCUCGGUCCAUCUAUUGAGGUAUUUGUAGGAAGCAUACUGGGAAUUGAAACGAGAGAAUAAAUGGCAUCUAAGAAAGGCAGUGUUCACCACAAGGUAAUGGGUGAGGGUGGGAUUCUAGGGACCCCAAUGGGAGGCAGGGAGCCACCAUCAGACCUCGGCAUAGAAGCUUCCAGAAUCCAGAGGAGGAGGCAACGGGCUGACCACAGCAGUGAGAAUCAUGAGUAGAAGAACCAUCACAGCCCUGCUAACCAGGCAGCUGAUGCCCCUCUCCCCAGGCUCCCUGUGUCCAAAUCCUGCAGGGGCAUCUGUUGACUGAACUCAAUCUGAAGCCAGAGAGAAGGCGAGUGGAGAGAGGCAGCACUUACAGAGCUCAGGUUUCUAAGGCUGGAGAUGGAUCCGGAGGGACACACAGGAGACACCCAGCAUAACCAAAAAAUCAUUAAAAAGAAACAUCUAUGGAGCAUGGGUCAUGGGGAUUUGGAGGCAACUAAAAGCCAUCUCAUCUUUCACUGUAUUCAACAAGCCCAUUACAACAAGUCUUUUGCUCUCAACCAUUCAGACGAUCCCAGCCUAAGAAUUUCCUGGCAUUUGAUGAAAAUGGCUGUGGGUUUUGCUAUCUUCAAGCUCCCUGGGAAGGAGGAUAUAAGCCCAGGACUGGCAGGCUCUUUCUAGCUACCUGAUCUUGCAUGUAGGGUUUGCCUCAUGGUCUCAAGAAGGCUGCCACAGCUCCAGAUGGCACAUUGACAUUCCAGGCAGCAGGAAGAAGGAAGGAGUAGUUAGCUGAAGGAUGUCAGGGAGCUGGUUAGUCUCCACCUGAAGAAGGCAGCCUUGAGCCAGCUUCAAUUAACUAAUGGGCUCCUGUGGGUGCAUCUUUGGACUUUUCUGUACGUUGAAAUCUGGAUGUGGUAUGUGUCUUAAAGUAGCCACCAACUCCUCCCAUUACCUUCCAAGUGAGCCCAACUACAGGUUGGAGCCUCUUCCCUCCCCUUAGAUCUGGGAUGAGCCUCUGACCUGCACUGACCAACAGAAUGCAGUGUAAGUGACGCUGGUACUGCCCUUCCUGCCCUAGACUGGGGGUAUGUGGCAGCUAUAUUCUUCCAUGCCUUAAGACUUGCAAAAACGGGUCUCAACAUGCCUUCCCAGAGCCAUGAGGCGCUUCUUCUCCCUCAUAUUCACUGAGAAAGGGAUCUAAGGGAGCUUGAAUCAGCCUCUGUUCUGUACUAGUUACGGUAAUAAAGUGGCUGCAGCCCACAGGGCAGGUAUCUGUGGGUGGCUCUGUGAAUAGGAUGGCAGCACUUCUUGGGAAUCAAGUGCAUCCCUAGGCUGGCAGUGCAGCAGAAACACUGACUAAAACAUGGCAACUCUACCUGGA